AUCCCGGCGUAGGCAACUACCUGGUGGCCUGUGUCGGGUCAAUGCCAGGCUUCUCACCGCACAGCUACAGUGGCCGGCCACGAGCCGCGCACGUCUGGCGUGGCCCAGAUGGCCAGGCUCCUGGGCCUGCCCAGCCCCCACUGCAGCGACGGCGGAAGCGGUGGCGGCGACGGCAACAGCGGCGAUGGCAGCGGCAGCAGCGGCGGCAGCGGCGACAGCAGCGACGGCGUCGGCGGGGGCAGAAACGGAGGUGGCGGCGCAAGGGGGGCGGGAGGUGGAAGGGCAAGAGGCCAGACAGGCCGUCGGCUGUGGCUGCAGGCACGGCUAAAGGGGCAGCCGGCGCUCAAGCGCUGUCAGGCGGGGAUACCCAGCGCGCGGGUGGCGUCAGAAGCUGACCAUGAGCGGCGAAUACGCUACCUCUACUCUGCUGGAGGUGGCGUGGACGCGGCGGCGGCGGCCGGGUCUGCGCCUGCGCCGGUGCAACAGUACGGGCUGUGGCACCUACUCCGUUUCUACCGGCAGUGGGGCCAGCGGCGGUGGCGCCUGACUGUCCAUGUGCGGACGCAGAAGGUGCUGGAGCACACGGCGCAGCAGCUGGCUGGUGGAAGGCCCAAGGAGGAGGUCAUUGUUGGCUGGGGCAACGCCAACACUGGCUAUGGCGGUUGCAUCAGCAGGUUGGGGCGGGCGGGCACUGCUCCGCCUGCUGGUGGACAAGGACGUGACGUCAACUCCGCAACCAACAUCCGGCACGCGCUGGUGGAAAUGCUGCUGGGGCACAAGCGACCUGCAUCGCUGCAGACUGGCGGCGGCGGCGGCGGCGGCGGCGGCGGCGGCGGCGGCAGCGGCGGCGGCGGCAGCGGCGGCGGCGGCGGCGGCAGCGGCGGCGGCGGCAGCGGCAGCGGCGGCGGCGCGUGCGCGCAUCUUGGUAGCGGAGGGGGCGGGAAAGGCCACGUGGAGGAGGAGAGCGCAGCGCCGCCCACGAAGCGGCGCAAGCGCGCAGGCUGAGGAGCCGGCUGGCGGUGUCUAGGUAGCGGUCCGCGGUGGGGCUGGCAGGGCAUGCGUUGCGGCAUGACAAGUAGUGCGGCUGUUGACAACUGUGCUACGUCUGGCUGCGGUUGGCUCUGCUGUGGCAUCGCGAUUGCUAGGCACCUGGUUUGGCUAUGUGCCUGUGGAAACCGACCCCGGCUAUG